AUGGGUAGUACAAUGAAACUCUACAAGAAUAAUCACCUAAUUUUUGCAAUAACCUUAACCCUUGCCAUCUCAAAUCCCAGCUUCUAUACAGUCGAAGCAGCUGGUUUCAGCAUUGAUCUGAUUCACAGAGACUCCUUACAAUCCCCCUCCCUCCUUUCACCUUUCGGCCGCGUAGAAGCCGUGUUACAACGAUCAUUCAACCGCUCCAAAACUCUAAUACCCGCAGAGCACUCCCCACAAUCCCCCUCCACCGAGACUGUCCCCGACGAGAGCGUGUACCUAAUGCAGUUUGCCAUCGGCACCCCCAAAAUCGAAACCCUAGCCAUUAUGGACACCGGGAGCGACCUCACAUGGAUCCAAUGCGCCCCCUGCAAGGGAUGCUACAAGCAAAAAUCCCCACCCUUCAACCCAGCCAGCUCCUCCACCUAUAAAUCAGUUCUAUGCCGCUCCCCAAUAUGCGACGGCGUCAAGAGCGGUAACUGCCAAGGAACCAAGGGCGAGUGCGGCUUCACACUCAAAUACGGUGACAACUCGGUCAGCACGGGUGACGUGGCCCAAGAAACCAUCUCGUUAGGUCCGAGCGCAUCGUUCAACAACAUCAUCGUAGGGUGCAGCCACACGGCCCGGGGGACCUUCAGCCCCUCCACAUCGGGGAUCGUCGGCCUCGGCGGCGGAAAGGAGUCGCUGCUGCGGCAGAUGGGGCCUUCAAUCGGCGCGAAAUUUUCUUACUGCCUGGUCCCAACCUCCGCGCAAAAGUCAAGCAAGAUGCACUUCGGCGACGACGCCGUGGUGUCAGGCGCCGGAGUUGUGACGACGCCGAUCGUCACUAAAAACACAGGCACAUUCUACCACUUGACGCUGGUGGGGAUGAGCGUCGGAAACCAAAGGUUCGAUUCGGAUUCAUCGAAGAAAUCAGCACUAGAAGGGAACAUCGUGAUAGACUCAGGGACGACGCUGACGUUCCUCCCGAGGGAUCUGUACGGUAAAGUCGAGGCGGCGUUGAAGCAGCAGGUGAGCCUGAAGCAGAUCGACGAUCCGCAUAAGAAGAUGAAGCUGUGUUAUGAUGUGACUAAUAUGAAGGACGUUGAAGCGAAGAUUCCAGAAAUUACGGCACAUUUCAAAGGGGCGGAUGUGAAGUUAAAGUCAUACAACACUUUUAUAAUGUCUACCAAGAAGGGUAUUAUAACGGGGGCUAAGAGCGCUAUGUGCCUUGCGUUUGUGCCUGCGGGUCUUGUGCCGAUUUAUGGGAAUAUGGCGCAGAUGAAUUUCUUGAUCGGGUAUGAUUUGGUGAAGAAGACGGUGUCGUUCAAGCCUACUGAUUGCACCACUGCCAUAUAA